AUGAAGCCAUCACAGAUAUCGCAAAUAGAUAAUGGCGAAUUACGAUCAAGGAAGCAUCAAAUAUCUGCUCAAUCCUCAUCGGAAAACCGCAAUUCAAAAGAUUCAGAAAUAGAUGAGGAUUCAGAUGAUGAACCAGCUGCUCCAGCUUCAGGGGAAAAUAGCGAUUCAUUAAGUUCGGAUGAUGAUAAUGGUGAUGAUGAUGAUUCAGAGGAUGAAAUACCUGAUGUAAUUUACAAUCAUCCUUUAGUAAACGAUUUACUGGAUCGAUUUAUGCGUGCUCAAUUACAAGCUGAUGUCAAUAAUACCAAUAAUGAUAAAAAUGCUAGAAAGAAAGGAACAUUAGAACUAGCACCAAUUCAUGCUGUGGAAUUGAAAUUUGAUGAACUUCGACAAUUGUGUGAUCUUGCUAUAAAUUCAUUCGCAAAACAGAAAUCGUUACUUCGUAUCGGAAUUGAAAUGCUUCCAAUAACGAUAUGCGCUGAUACUCACGGACAAUUCCGAGAUGUCCGAUGCAUUUUGAGCACAUGCGGUAAUCCAUCAUCACAAACUUAUCUUUUUCUUGGUGAUUAUGUUGAUCGUGGAUCGCAGGGUAUCGAAACAGUAACAAUGCUAAUGUGUUUUAAAAUAAAAUAUCCUACACGAGUGUAUAUGUUACGGGGAAAUCAUGAAGAUGCUAACACAACAUUAAUCUAUGGAUUUUACGAUGAAUGUACUACCCGAUUUCCAAAUGAUGAAGGAGAAUUGUUAUGGCAUAUAUACAUGAUGGUAUUCAAUAUGAUGCCUCUAUCAGCUAUUGUUGGAGAUCGAGUAUUAUGUAUGCAUGGCGGCUUAUCACCACAUCUUAAUAACAUUACAAUGAUUGAAAAUAUUCCUCGUCCUAGUAUUGUACCACCAUAUGGACUAAUGUGUGAUAUUUUAUGGUCUGAUCCUGAUGAUCGAUAUCCAGGUUGGGCACUUAGUGCACGUGGUAUAUCAUUUACAUUUAAUAGUAAAAUAAUCAAGGAAUUUUGUGAAACAAACAAUAUUGAUUUAAUCGUUCGUGGACAUCAACUUACAGCGGAUAUGUUUAGAGGAGGAUACAAAUAUUUUGCCGGUGGACGUUUGGUAACAAUAUUUUCAGCUCCAAAUUAUUUAAAUAUGAAAAAUGAUUCAUGCGUUUUGCACAUUUCACGGAAGUUCAAAUGCCACUUCACGGUAUUUCGACCAAUAUUUCCUGAUUCUACUGAAGCGCAAAAUGGUAAUGAUGAAAAACAAGAAGCACCAAUCGAUGGAUGUUGA